ACUAAAGUCUAAACACUAAAAGGCUGGUAUUUGCCGGAUGACGUCGUAAUGAGUUUAUAAUGUAUAUUAAUUAAAACUAUUUUCAAAUUACUUAACAUUUUUUUAAGUUUAAUCAUUUUUUUUCAUUAAGUUUAAGACAUUAAAAGGUUUACUCUUGUUAGUCGUUACCAUAACGUAUUUUCCCCCCUUAGUUUUCAUCAUCUACCGAUGUUGCCUACAUUAUAGUUGUUGGAUCAUGACUCACAAGAACUGGACAGCGUUUUCCAAUAAACUGUUUAUAUUAAUAAUUUUCCAUGUACUAUUGCUGCGGAAUACAGUGGUUGGCGACUUGGGCAUUCAAUUUAAUAAUAACAAUAUUAAUGGAGCUGAACAACUUGUCAGCAAAAAUGUUGACGGGGCCAUACCACUCAAUAGUAAAAACAUUGAUAUGACAUUAGUGCAUGGUCAUAAAGCUGUACAACUCGAUAGUAAAAAUAUUGAGAUGAUUUCGGCGUCCAAUGAACUUGUUAUAAUUAACUUUUAUGCAGACUGGUGUCGAUUCAGUGGUAUACUAGCCCCAAUUUUUAAUGAGGCUGCAAAUAAAGUUGCUGAGUUAUACAAAGAGCCUGGUAGAGUUGUUAUGGGAAAAGUUGACUGUGAUACUGAAACCGCUGUGGCUUCCAGGUUUCAAAUUACCAAAUAUCCUACAAUAAAAGUAUUAAUUAACGGGCAACCAGCCAAACGAGAAUACCGCGGCAAGAGGUCAGUGGAAGCAUUUGUAUCUUUUGUGCAAAAACAGCUUGAAGAUCCAGUACAAGAAGUAUCGAGUUUGGUAGUUACUUCUGAUACAAUGAAUGAGAAAAUGAGAGUAUUAAUUGGUUACUUUGAGAGCAAGGACUCAAAAGAUUACCAAGUGUUUAAAAAAGUAGCCACCAACCUGAAAGACGAUUGCCGGUUUUUUGCAGGCGUUGGUGAUUCUUUCCGUGCAAUGCAUCCUCCCAACGAAACAAUAAUUGUAUUCAGACCAGAUCGAUCGUCUCCAGAAUCUGAACACCAAACUUUUAAAGGUGUACCGUCAGAUUAUGAUGCUCUCAAUAUAUGGGCUACAGCCAACUGCGUACCUCUGGUGCGUGAAAUAACAUUUGAGAAUGCUGAAGAAAUGACAGAAGAAGGAUUACCUUUCUUAAUAUUUUUCCAUCGUCCUGACGAUCUUGAAUCUGUUAAAUUGUUCAAAGACAUCGUUAGCUUGUAUCUUAUGGAUGAAAAACAACGCGUUACCUUUUUAACUGCUGACGGCUUGAAAUUUGCGCAUCCACUGCAACAUCUGGGUAGACAAGAAUCUGACUUGCCGGUAAUUGUGAUCGACAGUUUUAAGCAUAUGUAUCAAUUUCCUAAAGACGCAGAUUUUACGCAACCGGGACGUCUGAAACAAUUUAUUGACGAUCUUUACUCGGGAAAACUACACAGAGAAUAUCAUUUGGGUCCUCAAGAUUUAAUUAUUACAGAAUUAAUAGUUGACAAUCGACAAGUCGAACAGACGUCGCCUCCCGAAUCGACAUUCAAGAAACUUGCUCCUUCUAAAAAUCGAUACACGUUGUUGAAAGAUGAAUUAUAGUCAAACACUACUAUGAUAAGCUGUAUGUAACUAUGCAUAUCUGUUAUGAAAUGCAUUUUACAAAUCUUUUCUUCGUUUAUUUUGUUCAUAACAAAUUUUUUUUUUAACUUGUUCUCAUUAUUAUAAAGUUAUAAUAAUUAUUGUUUCUCCCUCCAAAUUUUUACACAUUGUAUUAUUGUUCCGCAAUUUUGCAUUUAAAAUUAUAGAUAUAAUAUAUUACAAUAUUACUACUUUCAAGGUGCUGGUACCCAUUCACAUUAAAUUGUUCAUAUGAUGAUUAAUUUAAUUAAUUGACUUGUCAUGUUGCUUCAUAUGGAAGUAACACCAUUUAUGUCAAUUAAUUUAAUAUGUAUUGCAAAUACAUUGCACCUAAGAGAGAGUGAGAGAGAGAGAGAGAGAGAGAGCUAAUAAUGUAAACUUGUUUAAAGUGUUAGAAAAUAUUAAAAACUAUUAUAUUACCGUCUUUUUAAUUACUAUAUGUGUUAUUUAAAGAUUCUAUGUAAACACAAAAAUUAACUACAGGAAUAACAAUUGUGUAACUCCUGUGUUAUUAUUUUUUUAUCAUUAAUUUUUAUUAUUGUGGCUUAAAUUUCAUUAUUGUAAAUUGACAAAAUAUAUUUUUGAAUACCCAACAGCUAUGACUGGGUACCCAAAUAAUAAAUGUUAAUUAAAUUAAAUUAUAUUUUUUUAGAUUAGAAAUAAAGUUAUAUCACUAAUUUUUAAAAGGCAUCGUAAGUUGUAAAAAUGUAAAUGUUAAACAUUUUACAAAGGCUUUUUUUUCAUACAUGUAUUGAUAUAUUUGUAUUUUAUUUUAUAAUAUAGUAAUACUAUUGUAAAUGUAACAACUAAUACUAUUUAUUUUUUAACAGAGAAU